CCCUGCCACUCCUCGGCCCCCCCAACUCCUCCCGCUCCCCCAUCCCCUCCUCCUCCAUCCUCCAGUUCAAAAUGGCGACGGUGGCGGCGGCGGCAGCGGCGGCGGUAGCGGCGAUGGCUCCUCCGGGCUGCCCGGGUUCGUGCCCCAACUUCGCCGUAGUCUGCUCCUUCUUGGAACGCUACGGGCCGCUGCUGGACCUGCCCGAGUUGCCGUUCCCAGAGCUGGAGCGGGUGCUGCAGGCGCCGCCGCCAGACAUCGGCCACGGAGAAGUACCAAAAGAAUUGGUGGAGCUGCAUUUGAAGUUAAUGAGGAAGAUUGGCAAAUCCGUUACAGCAGACAGAUGGGAAAAAUACUUGAUCAAGAAUUCUUUUCAGGUUUGCAUAUAUAUAAUGGAGGCAUGACACAGCGAGUAUGUGAUUGGCACAUCCCUUGUCUUUUAUUUGCCCCAAACCUCCAUUUACAGAAGAAGAACCUGCAAGUCCAAGUCGAACAGAUAUGCCAAGAGUUUAACAGUACCUGGGCAUGGGAGAUGGAGAAGAAAGGCUAUCUUGAAAUGAGUGUUGAAUGCAAACUAGCACUCUUAAAGUAUCUCUGUGAGUGUCAGUUUGAUGACAAUCUUAAAUUCAAGAAUAUAAUUAAUGAGGAGGAUGCUGAUACUAUGCGUCUCCAGCCGAUUGGGAGAGACAAAGAUGGCCUCAUGUAUUGGUACCAGUUGGAUCAAGACCACAAUGUGAGAAUGUACAUAGAAGAGCAAGAUGAUCAAGAUGGCUCUUCGUGGAAAUGCAUUGUCAGAAAUCGAAACGAGUUGGCUGAGACCCUUGCACUCCUGAGAGCACAAAUUGAUCCUGUACUAUUGAAAAACUCCAGCCAACAGGAAGACCCUUCCCGGGAAAGCCCCACCCUAGAGGAUGAGGAGACUAAAAAAGAUGAAGAAACACCUAAACAAGAGGCAUCAAGAGGAAAUGAAAAGACGGAAGCUGAUGAGCGGUCAAUGGAUUCCAGAAAACGUUCUGCGGCCAAUGCUCUAGAAGGACCAGCUGUGAAAAUUGAGAAAGCAGAUGAAAAGGAGCUUGUGAAACUGCCAGUCAUUGUAAAGCUAGAAAAGCCUGUGCCAGAAACUGAGGACAAAAAGAUUAUCAGAGAGGAAAGUGAUUCCUUCAAGGAAAAUGUCAAACCCAUUAAAGUAGAAGCAAAGGAAUGCAGAGUGGACCCAAAAGAUCUCAAAGGCAGCUUGGAGCGGCUGGGUUCACAGGAGCCUGAGCGAGCAGACUUUGGUAGCAACAUCAAAUCUUCUCAAGACAUCACAGAGAAAUCUACUGAGGAAACAGAGAAGCUUAAAAAUGAUCAGCAAGCCAAGAUACCACUGAAGAAACGUGAAAUUAAGCUGAGUGAUGAUUUUGACAGUCCAGUCAAAGGACAUUUAUGUAAGUCGGCUACUCCAACAAAAGAGUGUUUGAAAGAUGACGUAAAACAAGAGGAAGAGACUUGUAAACGGGUCUCUACCAUCAGUGCUUUGAGUCAUGAAGGGAAACAGCUUAUGAAUGGAGAAAUGAAUGAUGACAAGGUAACUGCAAGUCUUAAGACAGAACAACUGGAAACACAGCUUUGUCAUACAAAGGAAGACAGCUCUAGCAUCCCUGCUAAGGACGGAAGUGCUGGCCUGGAGGGAAGUGGUGUGGAGUGCUUAAAUUCUGUCCUAACGAGCACAAAGACAAGUGAACUUGAGAAGGAGGUAUCUCUAGGGAAGGCUGUAGAUGGUUCUGCAUCUGACGUAGAGAGCCACAGUCAGAAAGGAAGGGGAGAGGAGCCUGGGCCUCCAAACAUGGACAUGCCUCUGGAGCCUUCCGAGAAAACCACAGAUCUCUCUUUAAAAUCCACUUUGUCUGCCACUGAAUCCUGCCCUACAAAAAUUGAAGAGAAGGCCCCCAAAAGUAAGGGUGAGAACCACACGGCAGGCAUAGAAUGCCUGGAAAAGGUGGAGAAGGCCAAGAAGACCUCUGUUGAUAAGGACAUACAAAGGUUGAGUCCAAUACCAGAAGAAGUUGUAAGGGGUCCUCUAGAAUCAGAAGAGUCAGGUCUUUGCGAAGUGGCUGAAACUCCUCUCCCUCUUGAGAUGACUGGAGCCAAGGAGAAACAGACUUCAGAAAAAAAAGGUGUAGACUGUCUAAGUAGAGGUUCAAGUGAAGGCCAGUCCCUUGAAAAUGCAAGCCCAGACAUUCUAAGAGAGAACUCUGAGUCCUCGAGGGUGGAAAUGGCUAAGCUGGACAAUGCCCAGACCUCUGGCGUGGAGGAUACUUCUCAAACAAAGGGCUCUGUGCAAAAAAACAAAUGUAAAUACAAGUUAGUUUCCGAAGGCAACAGUACUGCGUCAGAAAAUACAGAGAUCACCUCUGAAAGGAAGAAGGAAGGCAUCAAGUUGACAAUUAGAAUAUCAAGUCGGAAGAAGAAGCCAGAUUGUCCCCCCCAAAUUGUAGACUCUGAAAGCAAGGAAGAGAAGGCAGGGAAGGAAGAAGAGAAAACAAGCGUGGGUCGAACUUUAAGAAGGUCUCCAAGAAUAUCUAGGCCCACAGCGAAAGUCGCUGAGAUCAGAGACCAGAAAGCCGACAAGAAAAGAGCUGAAGGAGAAGAGGGAGUGGAAGGGGAGACAACAUCUUUGCAGACAGCAGACAAGAAGGAACACUUGAAGAAAGCCGAGAAGGAUACAAAUUCUAAAGCCAGCAAGGUAAAACCCAAAGGCAAAGUUCGAUGGACUGGCUCUCGGACACGUGGCAGGUGGAAAUACUCCAGCAAUGAUGAGAGCGAAGGGUCCGAGAGUGACAAAUCCUCUGCCGCCUCGGAAGAGGAGGAAGGAAAGGAGAGUGAAGAAGCAGUCCUUCCAGAUGACGAUGAACCCUGCAAAAAGUGUGGCCUUCCGAAUCACCCAGAACUAAUUCUUCUGUGUGAUUCUUGUGACAGUGGAUACCAUACAGCCUGCCUCCGCCCUCCUCUGAUGAUUAUCCCUGAUGGAGAAUGGUUCUGCCCUCCUUGCCAGCAUAAACUACUGUGUGAAAAAUUAGAAGAACAGUUGCAAGAUUUGGAUGUUGCCUUAAAGAAGAAAGAGCGUGCAGAGCGGAGGAAAGAGCGCUUGGUGUAUGUCGGUAUCAGUAUUGAAAACAUCAUUCCUCCACAAGAGCCUGAGUUUUCUGAAGAUCAAGAAGAAAAGAAAAAAGAUGCAAAAAAAUCCAAAGCAAAUGUACUUGAAAGGAGAUCAACGAGAACAAGGAAGUGUAUAAGCUACAGAUUUGAUGAAUUUGAUGAAGCCAUUGAUGAAGCCAUCGAAGAUGAUAUUAAAGAGGCUGAUGGAGGAGGAGUUGGCCGAGGAAAAGAUAUCUCCACCAUCACAGGUCACCGUGGGAAAGAUAUUUCUACUAUUUUGGAUGAGGAACGAAAGGAAAAUAAACGGCCCCAGAGGGCAGCUGCUGCUCGAAGGAAGAAACGCCGGCGACUUAAUGAUCUGGAUAGUGAUAGCAACUUAGAUGAAGAAGAGAGUGAGGAUGAAUUCAAGAUCAGUGAUGGAUCUCAGGAUGAGUUUGUUGUGUCUGAUGAAAAUCCAGAUGAAAGUGAAGAAGAGCCACCAUCCAAUGAGGACAGUGACACUGACUUCUGUAGCCGAAGACUGAGGCGGCAUCCUUCUCGGCCAAUGAGGCAAAGCAGGCGUUUGCGGAGAAAGACCCAAAAGAAGAAGUACUCCGAUGACGAUGAAGAAGAAGAAGAAGAAGAAGAAGAAUCUGAAGAGAAUAGUAGAGACUCUGAAAGUGACUUUAGCGAUGAUUUUAGUGACGAGUUUGUAGAAACCCGGCGAAGGCGAUCAAGAAGGAACCAGAAAAGACAAAUUAACUACAAAGAAGAUUCGGAAAGUGAUGGUUCCCAGAAAAGUCUCCGACGUGGUAAAGAGAUCCGGCGAGUUCACAAGCGCAGACUUUCCAGCUCAGAGAGCGAAGAGAGCUACAUGUCCAAGAACUCUGAAGAUGAUGAACUAACAAAAGAAUCUAAGCGAUCCAUUCGGAAACGGGGCCGAAGCACAGGUGAAUAUUCAGAAGCAGAUGAGGAGGAGGAGGAGGAAGGCAAACCAUCCCGCAAGCGGCUACACCGGAUAGAGACAGACGAGGAGAGCUGUGACAGUGCUCAUGGGGAUGCAGACCAGCCUGCCCGUGAGAGCCAGGCCAGUGUCCUACCCUCAGAGCAAGAGAGCAGCAAGAAGCCGUAUCGGAUAGAGAGUGAUGAAGAAGAGGACUUUGAAAACGUGGGCAAAGUAGGGAGCCCGUUGGACUACAGCCUAGUAGACUUGCCUUCCACCAAUGGACAGAGCCCUGGCAAGGCCAUUGAGAACUUGAUGGGCAAAGCAACUGAAAAGUCCCAGACCCCCAAGGACAAUGGCACAGCCAGUGCAAAUCUAGCCCCUAAUGGGACAAGUGGUGGACAGGAGGUGGGGGCACCAGAAGAGGAUGAAGAUGAGCUUUUGCGAGUGACUGACCUUGUUGAUUAUGUCUGUAACAGUGAACAGUUAUAAGACUCCUUUCCAUUUCUGUGCUAAUUUAUUCCACGGUAGCUCUCACACCAGCGGGCCAGUUAGUAAAGCUGUUUAAUUUUUCCUAGAAAACUCCACUACAGAACGACUUUUUAGAAGAAAAAUUUCAACAAAUCUUGAAGUCUUUCUGGGAAGUGACCAGUUUUGAACUUUGAAGAUUAAUAAUUGCUGUAAAUUCCUUUUGAUUUUUCUUUUUCCAAGUUCAUGGUCCUUGGUAAUUUCAUUCAUGGGAAAAAAUCUUAUUAUAAUAACAACAAAGAUUUGUAUAUUUUUGACUUUAUAUUUCCUGAGCUCUCCUGACUUUGUGAAAAGGGUGGAUAUGAAUGCAUUCCAAAUCUGUGAGGGCCCAAAACAGAAUUUAGGGUGGGAGAAAGCACUUGUGCUUUAGCUUUUCAUAUUAAAUAUAUAUUAUAUUUAAACAUUCAUGGCAUAGAUGAUGAUUAACGAACUGUUUAAAAGUUCCUGUCUGUACUGUUGCAGUUUGAGUAUUGUAGAUAACAUCACACAUACAUCACUUAGUAAUAGCUUUUGUGACAUCAAUUGGUUUACUAUUGGAGUUACCACACUUUAAAUAAAAAAGAGACCCUGGAAGAACCAUCAUAAAAACACUUUAACCUAAGUUUCUAUUAUAGCAGAGUUUCUUGUUAUUAAAAAAGAAGUCAUCUGGAAAGCAUUUGGAUAGUAAAAUGUAUAGUGAAGCUUUGACAACCAGAUUGUGCUAACAGAAUCUUUUCAAUAGCUUUUCAGCUGUUGUAAUAAAUUAGAUGGCCUCUACUAUAUUGGGCCAGGUGGGCAAAUAGUGAGACAAGUGGUCUUUCCCUACAAUCCAGGCACAAUACAAACUUGCCAGUAGUGUUAAUUCUUCAGGCCACAUGGUGUUCACCAUCUGAGAUGUUAUUUUUUAAUAUGAUACAUCUAAAGCUAGCAGGGAGAUGCUAAGCUGUGUAUUUUAGCACAUUUGAAGACUGAGAAUGGAUUUUCAGGUGAAUUUUAACUGGUUUAUUCUUGCCCUUACUAUCUGCUUCAAAUUGAAGUCUACAAACAAAGCAGUUCCUUUGGGAGGUUUUUAGUUUUGAGUUUAAGCAUGUGUAUAGUGUGUGAUUUGUAUGGUGUGUGUGUGUGUUUGUGUGUGUGUGUGUGUGUGUGUGUGUGUGUUGGAAUUUUCUAUCUGCCUGGAUAUAUUAGCAGGGUUUGAAUGUAGUUUUGGCCUUUGGCCAUUAUAUACUUCUAUUAAAAUCCAUUAAUAGUCACACAAGCAACAGAAUUGAAUGAGAACCGCUGAUAUACUUAAUAAGUAUAAUUUCCAUUUUAAACAUCUCAACACUUUAAGGAUAAGCCCUUUGCUUCAAGAAUAGGCGGUUUUUAAAUUAAUGUAACAUAGCUGACACUAAAAUAUGAACUUAUGUCUUAGUUUCUGGUACAGUUGUGAGGUUUCAGGCCCAGCCCUAACUGUACAGCUGUAGUGUUUGUGAUUCGCCUUGCUUGGCGCACCCUGAAGCCUUCGUUUCAGCAUUGCUUCAGUGUGUGCUAGUGCCCUGAUAUUGGGGUUUUCUGUUCCAGUGUUGUCUGUUGCCGGCAAUAGACAUGCUGUAUCUGCUGCUGGCUCAAGGAAUUUCACCUUUCUUUCAGAUUAAGCAUUAUAUGUAGUCAAUAUGCAGGAAACCUCUUCUUUUUUUUUUAUUAUUGAAAGCUGGCAUUCGACUUGUGUCACAAAGACCUGACACUUUAUGCUCCUACUUUCUGUUCCUUGAUAGAUAAACUCUUAAAUCUUCUCUCCUGGCCUUUAAAAUUUAGUGCUGAUUUUUUUUCAGGUACUUGAUUUUGGUUUCACUUUACUUCCAUAGAACUUGAGCGUUAACGUUUGCUUUGAUUGUAGCAGUGAACUUAUAUUUGUGUAACAAUAAAACAAUGAAAGCAGUCUAAUAAAAGAAGGAUGCAACGGCCACUGCAGAGCCCGCUGUGGCUUCAUCUUGAAACAGUGUUGUGCUGGAAGGACAGGGCAGGCUUACAUUCACAGUGAAGGACUAAAAAGGAACCACAGUUAUUUGCAUAACUUCCUUCCUAGCUGUUGCGUUACUUGAAAAUCAGCUAAGAGUAAAGUUUUUACCUGUCUAGCACAGACAGGCAGAAGGAUUCCUACUACUGUGCGGUAAGUGGUUUCUGCUCCCAGUCUCAGGAGGUUUCAGUCCUGCAGUCAGGCAAUGCCACUGUGCUGUAGAAAAUCUCCCAUGUGCCUGUCUCUGCACACGCCAGCUCUUGCAUCCACCUAUCAAUUCUAUUAAUCGUUUACCCAGAUGAUAAGAAAUAGUUAAUGGUUAGAUAACUCAACAGCAUGCAGAAUGUGAAGUAACUUCUUACUCUUCUGCUAUGGGAAACCUACAUAAUUUUACUGUAAUUUUACUGUAAAGACUGAGUAUUCCACUUAGCAGAUGUCCCAUUGACUUGAGUUUCAAAACCACUUGUGCUACCUGAUCCUUACUCAACUUGAGUGUCAACUUCCUAAUGAGUGUCUCCCUUCUAACUUUACAUUCUCAUUAGACCAACUGGCGAUAAAGAGUAAUCCAGGCAGCUAAUAUUACCAAUUUUUAGUAUCCAGCUACUUCUGCUUGGGUUUUUGUUAUUUCUAUUCAUGUUGGAGAUGGAAUUCAGGGCUUCAUGCAUACUGGGUAAGUGUUCUAACGCUGGGCUAGAACUCUUGUCCUGCUUAGUGUUCUGAUUCAGUCCCUAUAAGUCUGUUUUCUUUCAGAUAUACUCAAAUGGAAGAUGUUCUCCCAUGAGGUUUCUGUUGCUGCUGUCAAAAUAAAUGUUCUGUAUCAAAAAUCCUGAUGAAACCAUUGACGACUGGGGGAUGGAAAGGCAGUCAUGUAGACUUAUCUUUAAUCCUUAAUAGAUUCAGAUCUGUAAUAGAUUUUUACAAUUUCUCCUUUGAAUAACUUCAGUGACCCCCCUCCCUUUUGAAAUACAGAUGUUGAACUUGUAUCAAAGGCUCCCAGUGUCAGACUCCUAGUCUACAGCACAUGCGUUAAGGGGAGAUACAGAGUAGUAUUCAAAGUGUUUAGCUUGCCAUUUCCGUGAAGUUUGAGAGGUAGCCAGAUUUUUACAGUUCCAGAGCUUAGAAUUGAAAUAGUGUAUGAAAAUGACUCAGACUGGUUUUAUAUGUGUGAUGAUAUCGUGUUUAUUGUAGAAUGUUACUGCAAAGUCAUGUGUUUUCAACAAUACACAUGACACACUGAGGUUGUUUCCUUGACAUCUUUUUCCAAUUGGUCAAGGUUGCAGAUAUAGAGGAUAAAACGUUGCAUUGAGAAUGAAUUCAUGUUUACUGGUAACUCAUGUUUUAAAAAGUGAUCUGCCAAAGAACCAAGAACUUCAGAUACUAAUAAAAUUGUUGUGGGGGAAGAGAUUUUUAAAAGGAUGUUAUUACCUUUAUCUUUCUAGUUGAUAGAACUUAUCCUAUAUAAUAAACAUUGAAGCAAAGUGAAUAUAAUAAGAAAAAUGUGGACACUUGUUUGUUUAAAUAGAGAGUUAAAAUAAUGGAGAAUGUGUCAGUAGUUUUUAAGUGGGGUGAGUGGCAUUCCCUUUGUGACAAGAAUACCUGUUUAGCCUCGUUGAUAAGCAUGAAGUGUUAGCCCUCACUGGUUCUACCAGAAAACAGGAAGCACCGAACAGAUCUUUAACUCUCCACUGCCAGCCGCUGCAGCAGAGCAGGCCUUCAGUUCAGGGUGGUGUCUUAGCUUUAGAACAAAUGCUCAGUGAUUUUUCUUAUGAGAUGUGUACAUAUACACAUUCUGGAUAACUAUUAGGAUGCAGAAUUCAUCAUGAACUGAGUUACUAAAAGUAUAAGGGAAAUAAUUGUGACAAUUAUGAAUAUGAUUCAACUAUAGAAGGUUUCAAGAAAAAAUAGUUUUUCUUGAUGAUUUGACAUUGUCAAAGCAUCUCUGGUUCUCUUAAGAAGCAGAGAAUGCCAAGACCACAUGUAUGCUGUAAUCUACAUAGUCCUUGUCUGUUAAUAUGAUCCAUUACUGAACUCAGAAUGAGAUUCAUUCCUAUUUUAUCCACCAUUUCCAGAGAAAUCCUGGAAGUGUCACACAAGCUAGCUGCUUUAUUUUCUCAGUUUUCAUCCUGAUCCUGAGAGAAAUCCAGUUUUAAACUGGAUUAUUAUAUUAUGCUUCCACUUAAUUUCAAAAUAUUUUGCUCUAACUUAAAUGAGGUAACCUUUUUUUGAGUGCCAAGGUUUACUAAAUAACCGGCUGUAUAACACUGAGGACAUCCAUUCCCAUGUAAACAGUCAUAGCCAAAUUAAGGUGGUCGUGAUGGAGCCAUGUCAGAUUGUACAUCAACCCUUGUUACUCACACAGACCCUCGCAGGUCCCUGAAGUCUCCCACUGCUGGUCAUGUGCACAGCUCCCUGCCCCACUUCACAUUUAUACCACUUUGCCCUAGAAGACUGUUCUGCCACACUCACCUUAGGGGUUUCAGUUCAUGUACGUGUUGCUCUUAAUAAUGUUUUAGAUACAUCUAUCCCGUAUAUGUAACAGAUUACCAGAUGAGUGGGGAAUUAUUAAGCUCUAGAUAUUUUGAAUGAGGAAAAAAAUUAAAGAACUGUAUUUUUGGAGUUUGGGGUGUUUUUUUGGUUUUUGGUUUUUGCCAAACUAGCACAAGCUAGGUAAUGUGCAAAGGACUGAGUAUCCGCCCUGUUGUUUUUGUCACUGGAUGAAAUAAGAAUGAGCUUAUUUAUCUAUAAUUUUCUUGACUUUUAUCAGUUUUGGAAGGAGUCUAACUUAAGCAUUUGGGGUUUGUUUGAUCUGUAUUUAUUGCAUCCUGGUCAUAAGCCAGGAGCCUGCAUGUUAUGUUUAUGGCAGCCAGAACAAAGCCACGUGGAACUUAAUGGCUCAAGAUCUUCUAAAUGAUUUAACUUAUUUUGUACGUUGCAAAAAAAAAAGAGUUUAUUUUGCUCUAGAGUCACAUUUUUUUAUAACUGUACAGCUUCUAAGGGAUGAGAGGUGGGGAAAUACCCUAAAAUAGGAUGUAGAUUUUUACAGUUGUGUUUAUGCUAGAACAUCUAUGGGAGCAUUAUGUAAUUAAACCUCAAAUUGUUUAAAACCUUGUGCCAUGGUCUUUUUCGUUACAUUGCCCUUUAGCAGAGUUGGUACAUGUCAAUACUGCACUGCUGUGUGGACAAGCCUUGAGAUUAGAUUAAUUCCUCUUUCCAAAGCUUUCAUACCAUUGCAUGAGUUACCUCCCUACACACCACACUGCGCGCGCACGCAAACACACACACACACACACACACACACACACACACACAGAGUUCCUGUUAGUGUAAAUGGAUCUUCAGGAUCAGUAUAACUUAACAUGCAAACCCUGGCUAUCAGCAACUUUAUUCUUUCGGUGCAUGACUUUGUGGUGCUGUCUAGGGUGUUACUAAUGUUGGUGUGUUUUGUUCUCUUAUCAAAGUAGCUUCUUGGUCAUAGUGUCUGAAUAGUACCUUGCCCAAAACCCCCAUUGAGUUUUAUGUGCACUUUAAGAAGGGAUGUCCUGUGUUGAGAUGGAGAUGGGAACAGGGCAGGGACAAUUUCUUAUGUGUAAGAGAAGGGAAAGCUAGAAUUGUUGACUAUUCUGUAGACUUACCUAACUCCAUGCAAAUAACUUGCUGAAACUUGGCAAGAAAGGAAAUCAUAUUAAGCUUUCUGUCCCUCCGUAUUUGGUAAGUAAUUUUAUAAUCUAUUAGAACUACUGCUGCUGGCAGUCUUCCCUGGCACAUUUUCCUAUGCUAUAGCCACACCUUGUUAAAUGUCAGUACUUUUUUCCCCCCAGCUAUCUGGUAAUUUUACCAUUAUGAUUUACUACUGGAUAGCACAAAUGUAAUUCCUCUAAAUGUGUCAAUUUCCAAGUAACCAUCUGUUGGCAACAAGUUUGGGACAUAAUUUUCUUUGCUAUUUUUAUCCAUUUGGAAACUUAGGGACCAUGAGUUUCAAUGUGAAGAGUAUUAAUUCCAGCUAAGAGUUUGUAAAUUGCCUUAUUUUACCAUCUCACUUUGAUUUUAAAGUAGUAACUAAGUUCCAGGAAGCACCUAAUCAGAACAUGUCUUGGGUUUAAGAUGUGUUUAUUUGGAAUACUUUAUUUUCCCUAUGCAUAAAAGAAAAAUAUUGCUGGAAUAGUUCUCCAACUAUUGUUUUUAGAUAAGAGCUGAAGCAGAAGCGCCAAGACUGGCAGUCGACUAACCCUUGAGGUAAUUAGGAUCAUGCUGUUAGUCACAUAAUAAUGUACUGCACAUGUGAAUGAGGUGCAGAGAUCUGCAAUGGUGACUCUGCUGACACAAGGAAAGGUUGUGUAUGGAGAGUAUGGCAGGUCCUGAGCUUCAUGCUUCAGGAGUGUUAGAACUAUAGUAUAUAGUUGUCUAAAUACAAUAUUUCUUGUGACAACCAAAAUAUGUUGUGGCUGGUGCCAAUAUUUUUGUUAAUGAAAUGUUGAAUGUCGCAUUACAGUCUGAUCAGAAUUCUCAGUGUAAUAAGCCAGGCCUAAGCCAUUUUAUAGCUAUUGGCCUAACUGUGUAACUUUUUUUUCAAAAUGUUUUAUUAUAAUACUUGUCAUUUCUUUUACUUAAUAUAUGUUGUCAUAAUAAAAAGUUUAAAUAA